ACCCUGACCCCGCCUGGACGACAUGUAAUAGUGUCAUCCUGCUAUGUAUCGCUGUCAUGGUAACAAUGCUCUGUAUUUUUUAGUGCAGAUAUAGGACUGCUAUAUUGGUUGUCUGUCCUGAAAAAGUACUCUUCUGAAUUGCGGCUUACUUUCUGUGUCUCUGCACCCUAAGUGGUGAAUGAAACAUAAGUCUGCUGGUCGUGAUGCCUUUUCUUUUUUUUUAAUAUUUAAAAUUAUUUUUAUCAUGGAUUCCUUAACCAGAUGUUCAGAAUUUGUUUGGUCAAAAAUAUUGUUGCGUGUUUUUAAAUCUGCUUGUUCUAAACACUUUCAGAUUUUGAAAGGCACUGUAUAAAUGCUGCAUAUUAUUAUUAUUAUUAUUAUUAUUAUUAUUAUUAGUUGCAGUAGUAGUAGUAGUAGUAUGUAUGUAUGUAUGUAUAUAUGUACGUAUUACUACAGAAUAUACAGAAUAAUCUGGAUAUAUAAGAAAAGCAGCAUGAAAAUUUGUAUAUUAAAAAAGCAAUUAAAUAAACUAGUGUAAUACUAUAACACUAUUAUUGUACAAAAGUUAAAUUCGGAACAGUUGUACCUACAAUGGCUGCAAGAAUUCUCCCCUUUAAUGCGAACGGAUGUGGCCUUCAUUUUCCACUGUCUGCACAGCCCGACGAAUAUGCUAUAGCACGUGGCUGUACUGUGCAGACUGCCCAUUAAGUACUGCUUCAGUCAGCCACCGGGUGGCAGCGGAGAGCCACAGCGACCAAUCACUGGAUGCUGGGGAACUCCCGGAAGAAGAAUGUCCCAAAGAUACAUCGGAGAUGUAUUUCAGGAGAGAUGAGGGGAGCGCAGAAAGACAGGCUGGUUCUCAUGGCAACGGUCUGCCUGCUGGGCACCGUGCUGCCCUGUCUCUCCAUCUACACCGGCGGGGAGUGCUACUUCAACGCCAAAGCGAAGUGUGAGCAUCAGGACCGGGUAUUUGGGAUGGGGGAAAGCUGGCUGACUGCGGAGUGCGACCAGUGCGUGUGCCUGGAGCCUUUUGGAGUGGGCUGCUGUGAACUUGGCUCACAGCCUGUUGACUACCCAGAUUGGUGCGAAGUGGUUCGGAAGCCAGAUUCCUGCAACAUUGCCGUGGUGAUGCGGGCCAAUCACAAGCUGCCGUGUCUCUAUGGUGGGCGGGGCCGGAUGCGACCUGGGGCGGGGCCAGUUUGGAAGGCCGACAACGACCCCAUGUUCUGAUCUUCAUCAGCGCAGAGAAGGCAGUGACGCUUAGCCAAGCACUAAACCACCCAAAGCAGACACAUAUGCACUGAUACAAAAAUAUAUCAGAUCUGUAUGGUAGAUUGAUCAACCAAAGCGUUUAACCAGUUGUCAAUUUGUUUUUUCCCCCCCAUUAUUUAUUUGCUUAUCACAUUUUAAUCCACUGUCUUGCAACUUAAUAUCUUUAAUAAGGAAAUAGCCAUUAUGAAUACCCAUUUGUAUAGCUGGGUAUUAACCAAAGUUAUGCAUUAGAGCAGUGGUAACCAGCCCUGCUGCUGGAGAUCUACCGUCCUGUAGGCUUACAUUCUAAUCCUAACAAAGCACUGCUCAUUCAACAGCUAGAGAUCUCAUUGAGCUGCUAAUUAGUAGACCCAGCUGUGCCAAAUUAGGGCUGGAAUGAAUACCUACAGGAUAGUAGAUCUCCAGCAACAGGAUUGGUAACCACUGCAUUAGAGACUCAGAGACACUAAUUUAAUGCCUCGAACCUGGAAAUCAAACUUAAAACCAACUGGUUGUAAGCACAGUGGUCCCUUACCACUAUAGUUUUAAAAAUGUGUAACCCAAAAUGUAUGCAAACACUCUGAUGGUUUUUUAUGAGUGGCAUUUGGGAGAGAUAAUAUGCACAAAAACAUUGUCAAAUACAUUAUCAAAUGGACUAACGACUGUUUGUCUAUUAUUGUCUACUGCCCAGCCCACUCUGAAUAAGCGCACAAGUACAGAACUGUCAUUUAUUUUGCCAUAUUGUCCUUUACAAACACACUGAUCUUCCGUUAUAUAAUCUGUAUUUAUAAACACAAAUGUUAAAACAUGCAAAUAUGUUAUGCAAAAAAAGCUUCACACAAUGAUGUACAUUCCUUUUUGAAUGUAUGAAGUAUGAAGUACAGACCUAUUGGCAAAUGGUUUCAUGUUUUUGGACAGUUUGUUUUUUCAAAUAUAUUUAUCUUCAGCCAAGUGUCAAAAACUUUUAAAUUAUUGAAAUAAAAAUAUUCCAAUGAAA